AUGGCGGACUAUCAGGCUCGGUUCCCCACGAAAGAGAUGGCUGACUUGUUCCGGACUGCCCCUGAAGAGAUAUGGCACUCUAUUCUGCAACUUGUUUUCGCCAUUGGUGCACUUUACACUCUUCAUACAGAAGAUCCACGCACAGCAAAGGGAGGCGAUCUUACUAGGUCCGCAUUCAGUUCAAGCGCAGUGGGACUGAAAUUAAUCAUUUGCGUUGAUUCUCCUUCAAUGGAACAACUUCAAGUAGCCGCUAUAAGUGUGUUGUAUUAUCUUGUUAGCUACCACAUCAACAGAGCAUGGAAGUUAAUUAGACUGGUCAUGAUAUGUUUCGGCGAUACCAGUGCUCUCCGUUUAGUCAAUGCUAACACGAAGGAAAAGGAGAAUAUGGAUUGA